AGAGCGGCAGACGCGGAUCUCAGUGCGGUACAGUGAGUGUGUCCAGCCGAAAAGGGGAUGGAGGACGAGCCGCAAGAGACCCUGGACUAACGGAGGGUCUUUAAAUUUUUACAUGGAACCUGUUUGUGUUUUCCUCAAAGAGUGGAUUUUAUGUUCAAACACUACAUGAGAAAAUGCCAUUUGCCAAACGGAUCGUGGAGCCCCAGUCGUUGUGCCGACGCACAGAGACAGAUGAGGAGGGUUUACAGCUCCAGGACCUGUACACCAUCAGCAAUGUGGCUCUGUCUCGGACCCUGCGCCAGCUGUCCGACCUGGCCAAACACGCCUGCUCGCUCUUCCAAGACCUGGAGCACGAGUUGGUCUCCACGAACCGGCGCGUUUGGGCGCUCCGGGAUAAAAUAAACAGGAUCCAAGCGACCACCGAGGCGCUCGACCCCAAACAGGAGGCAGUGCCGGUGUCUAAUCUGGACAUUGAGAGUAAGCUGAUUGGACAUUAUCAGGCUCCGUGGCACCUGCAGAGAAAUGUGUUCCUGCCGUCGACCCGACCCGCAUGUGUGGAAGAGCUGCAUCGAAACGCCAAACAGAGCCUGCGGGCACUGUACAGAGAUCAGCAGCAGAGACAGGAAGUCAGUGAGAGAGAACGGAGGGUGACCAUCUCCAUCUCCAUGGCUCCGCCCAUGCCCACCUACCCAUCGCCACGCACGCUCAGGAGACGAGAACAGAGAGAGAGACAUUUGACAAAGGAAAGGACUGUGAGAGACAUAGAAACAAAGACAACACAAACACAGGUUACCCCUCCAGUCGAGUCAGAUUCAAAAGUGUUGGGUCUGGGCAACUGGCCAAAGUGCCCAAUCCCAAACACACCCUCAACGCUGGACAAGCAGACCAACUGGCCCGGAGUCUUGCCACUGCCCACCCCAGAGGAUAAGAUGAAGACCGACUCUCAAGUCAUCACCUCAUGCAUCGUUCCCAUUAAUGUAACAGAAGAGGGCGCCAUCACUUCUUCCCCCUCAGCGAUAUCAGCUUUCCUAAGGGUUGGUUUCGACAGAGAGGCCAGUGUGCGCUGCUCACUAGUCCACUCGCAGUCCGUUCUUCAAAGGCGGAGGAAGCUAAGGAGACGUAAAACCAUCACUGGCAUUCCCAGACGUGUGCAACAGGAUUUGGACUCAGACGAGUCUCCAGUGGCCAGAGAACGUACAGUAAUAGUCCACACCAACCCUGAUGCUUGCCAGGAGGAUACACUUACUCAUCUCAACACCAAGGACUCUGGCUGCCAGACAGAGGAAUUCCUGAUUGUUGGAACUGCACCUUCACGUAGACGGAUCAGAGCACAGAGGGGGCAGGGCGUGACUGUGACACUUUCCCAUUCAACGGGGAACAUAUCCUCACUGCCUGACAGCUCAGAAGCAAUGUUUACCGCCUCAGUGGGCUCCUGUCUGCGCUCCCGAAGCCUCCCACGAGAAGGAGGGCGUCUAGUGGACGAGGGUCAUGAUGAUAGUGAUGAGGAUGACGUUGAGGGAGAACUCUCCCCAUUUGAGGCCGAAGACUUCCUACCAGUCCCAGGGGAACAUAUUCUGAAAGAUGAUGAGGAAAGUACUGAUGAUCAAGCAGUCCCAGAAUGCCAGCAUGCCGGAGGUGCAGAGCAUGACUGGAUGGAGAGGGGUCGAUCCCGCCUGCCUCGGAAAGCUGACAUGGGCAGCUGUGAGAUUUCCUCCAGUUCUGACACGUUUAGUAGCCCCAUCCACUCCGUUUCCAAUGCUGGCAUGCUGACUAGCCAGAUGGACCACAAGGAGGAUCACCAGUCAUCAAGUGGCAACUGGAGUGGUAGUAGCUCUACAUGUCCCUCUCAAACAUCAGAGACCAUUCCACCAGCAGCCUCACCCCCACUCACCGGAUCAUCACACUGUGAUUCAGAACUGUCAUUGAAUGCAGCUACCAAUACAAAUGAUGAUUCCACAGGCUUCAUGAUUGAUUCAUAUCCUGGGGAUCCAUCACAAGGCCAUAGGACAGGUUCAUUCACCUCCACCAUAACUGAGAUGCUAGAUGAUGCAGGAGUCAGCACUGCCAGUGAGGGUGAGUGGAGCUAUCCACACUACAAGCCAAACAUGCCUUGCCACCCAGAUUUCAGUCCUGAGCACUCUAGGGAAGAGAACAACCUAGAAUGUCCCAGCUUUGCUAGCAUAGCUACUUUCGAGAGUUUAACAGAUAGGCCGUCUUCUGAAAAGGCUGACACCACCUCACACUAUUCUGUAGAUGCUGAGGGCUACUAUACCUCCAUGCACUUUGACUGUGGUCUUAAAAGUAGCAAAAGCUUCACAUAUAACUAUGCAUCCAUAGACCAGCAACAGGCAGAAUAUGGACUUCAAGCAAACACACUUGGGAGACAUAGUCUCUCUCUAAGGAAACCAAAGGUGAAGCCAUCCCCACCAAAACGCAGCACAUCUUUGAAUAAAAUAAGCAGUAAUGUUGAACCUUCUGCUGACAGGAAUGAACCAAAGAUAGCUGGUUGUCAAAAUAAAUCAGUGUCUUCUGGGGACAAAACACAGCAUGUGGGGUUAAAUGGCUCCUCAAGUCUGGGGGCUUGGGGUGUUGAUAGUUCUACAGAGAUUCCAGAUGUUGCUGUAUUUGGCUACACAGAAACACAUUCUUUCAAGGAUGAGGGAGCAGUACAGUCAGACUAUGCAGACCUCUGGCUUCUUAAUGACUUGAAAUCCAAUGAUCCUUACAGAUCAUUGUCCAAUUCCAGCACAGCUACGGGUACCACUGUCAUUGAAUGCAUUAAGUCACAGGAGAGCUCAGAAUCCCAAGCUUCCCAGUCAGGAUCCAGAGCCACCUCACCUUCACUACCAUCAGUGGAAAAUGAAUUUAGAUUGCCUUCACCAGAGAAGCUGGUAUGUCUAGCAUCACCCUCUAGUGGCUACUCAAGCCAGUCAGAAACACCAACAUCUUCUCUGCCAACAGCUUUCUUCCCAAACGCUCACCAAGUGUCACCCACCAGUGGCAAGAGGAAACCCAAAGUUCCAGAGAGGAAGUCAUCGCUUGCUUCAUUGCAGCAGUAUUCAUCCAAGAGUGACCUUGAACUACCUAUCAUACCUCCCACCCACCUUAACCUAAGUGCCCUUCCAAAUGUCAACAAGCCUGCAAUUCACAAAAACCAGACAUUCAUCCUAAAUCAGAGCAAGCAGAAGGCUGCAGCAGAAACUAAGGGUGAGAGUGUGGCCAGUUCUGUUUCAAAUGAUGAGCUGGCAAUCACUAGUCCUUUAGCCAUCACUCCUAAGGUUCUUCGUUCAGUUCAGCUACGUUCAGUUGGCAAAUCCGGUGAAGGUAGCCACUAUCAUCUUCGCACUGAUACUGCCACUAGGCCCAAAUGUCCCACUGUGAUUAUCAACUCCUUACCAACUCACAAUAAAUCCCAUGAAACUAGGAAACCCCCUCCAUAUAGACCCCUUCUCACAGAAGCACCCACUCAGGACUAUUGUGAAACACUGUUUACACCAGUAGAUGGACUAGCUGCUAAGAAUCUAGCGAGCCAUUUUGGUGCAAGAAAUAGAUACGACCGACUAGCUACAUCACCUCUUUGGAGCAUGACUGCUUUUAGGGCCCAGUCUGAGCAGGUAAACAUGGAUGAAAUCACAUCAGUCAUUUCAGAGAAUUCUGCAAGUCAAGAAGGUAAAGUUUCAGAUGAAGAGAGCACCUCAAAUAAUUGUUUUGCCCAGAGCAAUCUGGAAAUAGAGCAAAACCAUCCAUUAAGAUCUGAGCCAAAUGAAGGAAGCCCUCCCCUGCUUCUCACACCUGGUCAGAAUGGUAUAGCAAAGAGGUCAGACAGUCUUGACCAAGUGCCUGAUAUUAUCAAUCAAACAUUGGAAAAAUCGCAAGCUCAUCCAAUCAGUGGUGCUGUUAACCAUGGAGAACAAUCUGUAACAUCAGGUGUUCCAACCAGAAGUGCCUCACAGGAACAUGUAGAGGAAGGGUCAACACCAGACACGGAGGACUAUUUUAGCAAAGAGUCCACACCAAGUGAUCCAACUGUGUCCCCUCUAACAGACGAAUCAAAAACUGAUGAUGAUAGUGUUUUCCUUUCACCAAGUAAAGCUCGCACAACAGAGGAUCUCUUUGCCAUGAUUCACAGGUCAAAAAGAAAAAUGCUGGGCAGGAAAGAUUCUGGAGACAUGACAUCACGGAGCCGUUCAAGUGGCGUUUCUGGGAAUGGCCCUGCUACCAAUCCUGCGACCUCUCCAAGCACCCCGACCACACCCACAAAUUCAAAUACUCAACUUGUGCCCCAUAGAGCCCCUGGUCAAAUUUACAGGAGUGUCAAAAAGUCCAGUACCUCGAAUGAAGAGUUCAAAUUGCUGCUGUUGAAAAAGGGAAGUCGCUCCGACUCCAGUUACCGCAUGUCAGCUACUGAGAUCCUAAAGAGUCCCAUUGCACCCAAAAACCCUGGUGAGCUCCUAAUGGAGGGUUCCAGACCAUUUGAGGAGCCACUCUCUCCUUUACAACAACAAUUUCCAGAGGGAUCACAUGAGCAAAUCUCCAGCCCCUUUCCAAAAACAUAUGCAGAGGGCUUCACCACAAAAGCUUUUCCAACAUCUGCCUCAUCUCGACAAGGCCGAUCAAGGAUGCCACCAGCUGCAAACAGUAGCCGCUACAGUACACGUAGUCGGCUGUACACAGCUCCUAUGCAGGCAAUAUCAGAAGGGGAAACCGAAAACUCGGAUGGUAGCCCACAUGACGACCGUUCCUCCUGAAAAUGCACCUUUGACUUUUAGUAGCAACUGAGUCUUGACACAAUCUUUGACAUCAAGUCAAAAUAUAAUGCUGGGCACUUGGCAUAGUUAAUGUUUUAAGUAUUUGUUUUUAAGAAGUCAGAAUACAAAAGACAAAAUUAGUAUGUUGAUUUUUAGUGGUGGUAUUCUAAUAACUUCCAGGAGUAUAUUUAUUUUAUUUGAAUGCUUUGUUUGUGUACCAACUGACAUUUCAUUUUGGGAUGAGAAAAAUCGAAAAAUCCAUCAAUUUGUAAGUACUGACGGGGCAUCAAUACAGUGAUGCUAUUUUGUCACAAACAUUUAGCAAUGUCUAGCAAGACAUAAACAGUACUGUAUUGGGGCUAACUGUGAAAAUUGGGUCAGAUGGGAAAAGAAGGGAAAAUCUUUCCUGUACCUUAAACACAAACUGUUUACGGCAGACAGCUUGGGACAAUCAAAGAGUGGCCUUUUGUAUAGUUAGCUGAAGCAUUAAUGGGUUGAGUAUUUUUUUGAGUAGCAUCUCCGAUUUACUGUUAGCCUGUAAUGGAUCUUAUUGGGCAAGAAAUGUAGCUGUAUUUAAUUAUCCUAAUGGCCUACCACUAUUUUGCACUUCUUUGGUAUUGAGAAAGUUUCCCAAAAUUUUACAGAACAAAAUUGCCACAUUAAUAAAAUGAAAAGUUACAGGAAAAUAAAUAUGUAUAUAUAGUAUAUGAAUAAAAAAAAAAAAGAAAAAAAAAGAAACUAUGUAUUUUUAUUGACAUUAUGGUCUAUCUGGCAAAUAGUGUCACAAGCUUGUCCCCUUUGUGACUUUUUUACAAUAUUGAAAGCCUUUUAAUGCAACAUGUAAAUUGAUGACCACGUGGCUCUUCCCUUAAUUCAAUAUUUAUCUUUUUUUAUUGAAUUUCUUAAAACAUACUUUUGGCAAUUUAGUGAUAGAAAAAUGUUGUUAAAAAAUCAGCGCAACCCAUUGUUUCUAUAUCAACAAAUUGAUCUGUUGAGGAAACACGACAACAGCUACAACAUGGUCACUAGACGUAUUCUGUGAAUACUGUACCAAACUUAACUGUUUCUCAUUUAUUAAUGAUUCUAUUCUGCUUAUUGUGUGGAUUUUUUUUUUUAUUGAUCACUGAAUCACACAGCAGGACUAAUACUGUGCAAAUGUUUUACAGCCAAUUAAUGAAAUUAUGCCACUACCACAGUGGUUGUAGAUUUGAUGUUUCACUUUAAUAGUUUGAAUUAACUGCAUGCAAUAAAACUUAUUGAGAGUAGCCAA